AUGAACCCUCCUCGUCGUCCAGGCCUGACUGGUUGGCUGUUUGUCUGUUUGGCUGGCUGUAGACACACCCACAACCCUCUGACGAUCCCGGCCCUUUUCACCGUCAUGACGAGCCAGCCAGUUGCCUUGGCUCGACUCGGCCAAAUCACCUUUUUGUCACCUGUUGCCUCCGACGGAGGUACCAACUCGACCAGAUGGUGCCUACACGACCCGGUCGACUGGGCACUCACCUGUCGGCCCGAAGGCAACAUUGUCUCUGGCUCUCCUCUUCAACCUUACCUGGCCUCUCUCUCUCUCUCUCUCUUUCUAUCUCUCUCUCUCCCCCUAUCUCAACCAGUGUAUGUGUCGGGGAGGCAACGAGGUGAAAUUCACGUGUUGCCACCCUUUCGACUGGCAUUUGCAGUUUUCUCUAAUGACUCCACUCACUGUCGCUAUUCCCACCCUCACACUCCAUCCGCACAUCGAGUAUGUGUGUGUGUGUGUGGCUGGGUGGGUGAGUGCAUGCUCCCAGACCAGCUUGCCGGUUCGAUGUACUGCCUCGGGAAGGCCUGUUCCUGUGACCCUGACCGUCUCACUCGGACCGGCAGGGUGUGGACGGAAGAGGUAUUCCAAUCAGAUGAGGCACUUUCCAUCUUGCCCGCACCCUCACAGACACACGCGCAGACGCACAAGUGCCUGAACAUGUGUCUGCAGAUGGAGCAAAAGACCAACACAAUCCGCAUGGCAUGA